GGGGCUGGCGAGCGACGCCGCGCGCGCCGCUCCCGCUCCACUCCUCUCUCAGUCGAGCCAUCGCAGCAGGAGCACGCACCACGCAGCAGCGCGGCGCUUCGUACCAGUGAUCAGCACCAGUGAAACUAAACCCUACCUACACAAUGGCCGACACCGCUGUCGCUACCCCUGAAGUGGUUGAGAAGGUCGAGGAGGUUGAGAAGGUCGAGAAGGUGGAGACCGAGAAGAAGGUUGAGGAAUCAGCCGAUGAACCCUCCAUCGCAGAGACUGUCAAUGGACACUCCAAAGAAACCGCAGAGGAGCCCUCAGAAAAUGGCACAGCUGAGGAAGAGGUAGAAGAAAAGGAGGCUGAAUCAACGGAGAAUGGCACAGCAGAAGUGAAGGAAGCCACCAAGAGGAAGUCAACUGGUGGAGAUGAGAAGACCGAGGCAGCACCUGAGGGUGUCAGCCCCGAGAAGAAGGCCAAGCUCGCUGACGCAGAAGAGAAGGAAGCUAGCAACGGCAAAGUGGAAGCAGAGACCACUGCCUAAGUCAUCCUGUGCUACUGUUAGUGUUGCCUUGUGGGCCUGCUGGUGGACAUGAGUGAUAAGGUUCUACAAGGCAACACUAUUUGUGUUAAUUGCUGUUCCUCAUCCAAGGUAUCUUGUUUCAUCAUUUUGACUUGGAUGAGUUCCUUAUUUUAAAGAUCAUUCCUACAUCAUUUUUCUUUAUUUUCGUUUUUCCUACGGCCUAUAUUAGAGGCCUGUAUUUUGAUGUAGUUAGAUGGUACCUGAAUUACAUAUGACUGGAUAUCUGAUCACCCUGUCCCCCAAUAUUAGGUGUUAGCCGUGAUGACUUUAGUGUUUUAUUGGCGCUGUGUAAGAUAAAGGUGUUUUAUGGUGGUUGUUGGAACUCGACUCUUUGUCAUAUGUGGGUGUCCUGUGUGCAUGGCCUUUAAGGCUGUUCAUUCAUUCAUUCUUGACUUGAGCAUGAGCUGCUGAGCCAUGUUCAUUUCUUUUUGUGGGGUUUGACCUGUUAAUUGGUGCAACAGUUUUGACAUUACCAGUUAUUUUUUGUACUUAAUUUUUUUUUAUGUCUUUACCUGGCAUGUUACUGCUGCACAGUAUUAGUUAAUUUUUCUUUAGCACUAUUGUACAGUUGGACAACCUGGCCAAGUGUUUCAUCUUGAUCCAUUGUGGUAAUAAAGAGUUGAAUUCCAUGAAAGCCAUGUUGUAACCAACCCAUUUCCUCUGUAUGUUAAAUUUGAAGCAUGUCUUCAGAUUUGCACUAGAAAAUUUGUAAAACUUGGCUGUAAUCAAUCUAGGCUUGUAUUUACAAAUUAAAUCAAUCAUCCCACUUCA